AUGCUUCUUCUUGGACUUCUUCUGCAGCUGGGGUCUGCCGGUCAGAUACCAGUGCCGCCGAUAUUCACGCCGUGUACCUUCCCGUCACCCGUUUUUGAGCAACACGAGCAUCGUCUAGUCUGUACAACAAGUUCUCGGCUCCCAUUUAUUUGCGAUCUUCACCAUCAGUUAUCCCAUGCAAAUCUCAACGGUAUAGAGCUAGCAUAUGAGAGAUAUAGGCCUUAUUUUUAUCAAAAUAACAGAACAACGCUCGCUGUACUGAUAGUGCGUCAGUUAGAAGCUCCAACAUCAGCAGCCUCUGUUUAUGAGGAGCAAUCCUACGCUUGCCUUUUUGAAAACGAGUGCAAUCGAGUGGAUUCCGAGGUGGUGCUUGGCUUCGUGAAUAAUGUCAAGAUAUUUAUGAAGGUUUACGCAUGGAAGGUUUACGAGCGCUGGUUCGCUUUGGACGACUCCUGCACACGGCCUAACGUGCUCGCACUGAUGGUUCUUGAUGGUCUCGUCAAUGACGCAAGAAAAAUUCCUUACGUGCGCAUACACACGGGUGAACCUCGCUUACGAUUUGCGCUGGGGAAUAUCGCCAGUGAAGCGAACAACGCCAUAGUGCAAGGAUGGCCUCUCCAGAAAGCUGUUGAGGAUCUGGUUGAUGACAUUGGUCAUGCUUUAAGAGAGUUACAUGAGCUCAGAGGUGGAUUAAGAGACCAUUCAGUCCCUAGGUGGGCCCGGCAUGCUUUUCUCAUUUGCUUUGCUCUCGUCGUGCUAGCCUUAGUAAUCGAAUGGUAUAUAGUCCGUCGAAAACUUGGAGUACAAAAGAAUCUUUUGAAUCCAUUCAAUCAGAAAGUUCUGAAGAGGAACAACGAGAAUCCUUCAGGAAUAACCGAUUCAGUAUAUUUUGAGCAAGACACUUUCCAGAUGUCUUAUUUAAUCUUCCUCUUGCUGCCUUGGGUGACUAGUGAAGUGGCUAUGUACGGGAACACGCCCAAGGGACUCAAUCCGACCCUCUACGCUGAAGAAGACAUGGUACUUCAGCUUGAUGACAACACUUUUAAUGACACUAUUUUUUGUAUUGGAGAGAAAUGCACGUCCUAUUUAGUAGAGUUUUAUUCUGACUGGUGCGGACAUUGCCGCUCAUUCGCUCCACUGUACAAGGCUCUAGCCAAUGAUGUAAAGGGGUGGCAGGAAGUGGUGAAGAUAGCGGCCAUCAACUGCGCUGAUUCUGUGAAUCAUAUGACGUGUCAGGACAAUGGUGUGCAAUUUUUUCCUUACAUAAAGUAUUUUCCACGAAACUCUAGUGAUGCUUUUGGUGGGUCGAAGCUGCGGCCGUACCAGUCUAUGGCUGAAAUGAGAGAUCAGUUGACGAAGGUUGUCAUGGAUGACUACGCCGUCAAUCGUUUCAGCGAUUGGCCAAUUUUCGAUUAUCUUGGAGAUGUCGUCACUUACGGCGAACUCUGGCAGGGGGCUCCUCCGAGCACCCAGCACAUGGCCAUUAUCUUCGAAAAUCAUCAGUCGAGCUUAACGGGAGCUCAGCUCUUACUAGAUCUGCACCAGCAUAGAAAACGUCUCCUGGUGCGUCGCUGCCUGAGAAAUCACCCCUUGGCAGACGCUCUUCACCUUACUGAUUUUCCAUCUCUAGCGAUCUUCAAAAGAGGAGAAAAAAAGCCCGUCCUAGUCGCCGAGCUUCGCAGGCUGUUGCUGACUGAACUGGAAAAUUUCCUCAGGGAUCCUUCGCAGCAAGCCGUUCAGUUCCACACCCGCAAGAACAGAACGCGGUCCUGCGAUAGUGACCCUGAGAAAUGUCGUGCUCUUUACUACGUUUCUGAGGUGGACAUGCUCAAAGCAGUGCGAUAUGCCCUGUUUCGAGAGACAUCACGGACGAAUGCUCCGCUAACUGGUCAAAACCUCACUGCCCUCCAUGCUUUUGUCAAUCUUCUGGCCGAUUAUUUUCCUGUCACGACUUCUUAUGGCAACAACUCUGUCCUUGAUCGUUCUACCCGGGCUGUGAAAGUAUUUGCACGACUUCGGGACUAUCUCGAAAAUCGUGGAUUAGACGCUACGAUCACCCCUGAUGAAUGGCAGAGGCAGUUCAUCACAGCUGAGAAAACUGAGGGAGACCCAUUUGCCGUGAAUUCUGAUUGGGAACACUGCAAGGGUUCUACUGGGCAGUUUCGAGGGUACACUUGUGGAUUGUGGAUCACCUUUCAUGUCUUGACCGUUUCUGCGUACAAACAAGCCGAAGAACGGUUAACCGACUUCAAACCACUAGAACCGCUCCAGGCAAUUCGCGCGUGGAUCACAUCGUUCUUUGGUUGUCUACACUGUCGUGAACAUUUCCACAAAAUGACCACUGCUACAUUUCCAAUGGAAGCUCAAGUGAAGAGUCCGGAAGAUGUGAUCAUGUAUCUAUGGCGGGCGCACAACAUCGUGAAUGCGCGCCUUCACGGUCGCGACACUGAGGAUCCACAAUUCCCGAAAGUCCAGUUUCCUGCUCAAUUUCUAUGCUCAAACUGUACCACCAAUGGUUCACUUGCGGAACAACAAACACGAGACUUCUUGGUUGACUACUACUCACACAUCAGGCCAUUUCAGACUCCUAAGUUCCUGAAAUGACUUCUUCAUCAAGAAAGAUGCAAAUUUCCUACUUGGAAAUGACAAAUAUUGUGAUACCUUGUGCAGAAGCAGAGAUCUUUGUAUGUUUUUACGGAUCUUUCAGGUAUUACAAGCACUGCGUUUGCUUUCCAUUCUCUGCCACUGGCUAUUCAACAUGCCAUGCUUUUACAUAUGGUCUCUCGUUUUACCAUCAUAAUCUCCAAUGCGGCUAU